AUACGUUGGCAACGAUUUUCUUUUAGGUUAAAUCAAGAAAAUGUUUUCCUUGGCCAAUUUAAGGAACCUCGUCACGAAACCACAGUGGUCGAAAACCAUCCACACGUCCUCCCUCCUGCGAAACGUAACCGGCAACGGUCAACCCGAGGUCGAAUACCGCGAAAUAACCAAAGACCGCACCAAGGAGAUUCCGGUAGAAACGAGCAUCAAAUACUUGAACAGCACCGCGUACGCCCGCACGUACGAGGGACAGCCGGUGUGGGUGCCGUACCGGAGGAACCACAAGGGUGCUAUCGCGCCCAGGAAGACGCGCAAAACUUGCAUAAGAGGCGGACAAAUCGCCACAGGGAAUCCGUGUCCGAUUUGCAGGGAUGAAUACUUGGUGCUGCACGAACAGAACACUCAACUGUUGAAGCAAUUCAUCUGUCCACAUACUGGUGGUGUAUUGAGUUAUACAAAAACUGGGCUGUGUCAGAAACAGCAUCUGAAACUGGAGAUUGCUAUUAAAAGGGCUUACGAUAGGGGACUGAUUACUUUUGAUGUGCCUUUCAGAAAGUAUGAUUAUUCUGAGUACUACAAGCAAUAA